AUGGCGCUCCAGAUGGUUUCUGCGAACGAGGACGAGGUCAAGAAGAAGGGAUACGCAACGGCGUUCGAAGCCCACACUGUGUUCCUCACAGGGAGUACGGGGUCUCUUGGGGGAUGCCUGCUUUACAAACUGGCGCUGCAGCUGCCAACGAGGAAGAUUUUUGUUCUCGUGCGGAAAUCGUCCGAGACGGCCGUGAAGAAGUGGAAGCGAAGCAUGCCUGGCCAGACGCAGGCAUUGCUGGAAUCGAAGAAGAUUCACUUUGUUAUCGGGGACAUCAGGGAGCCUGAUUUGGGCAUGGAUGCGGGGAGUCUGGAGCGGCUGAAGGACGAGGUCACGCUCGUUAUUCAUACAGCGGCUAAGAUAUCCCUUGACUCGGAUAUAACGGAGGCCCUUGAGAACAACUGUUUCCCAUCGCUGGAAUUGGCGCGACUGGCUUCUUCGUUCAGGCGGCUGAAGCUCUUUAUUCAGCUAUCGACGUCGUACGCGAAUAGUUUCCUGCCAGACGGGCAUAUUGGGGAGCGUCUGUAUGAUUAUUCGGAUGAAGACUGCGAAGAGGAGAUUGCGUCCAUACAGCAGGCAGGCGAUUCUCCUCAUACGUCCCGGUUCUCGUCAUCGUAUACCCACUCCAAGCAUCUCAUGGAACGAUUGAUGCUUAGACGCUACCCAACCCUGCCUCUCCUUUUUGUCCGCCCUACCAUCUUCGCACGCGCUCUUCGGCACCCGUUUCCACUGUAUGGGAUUGACGGCUCCCACCCAAUGGACAAGUUCGCCGACCUUCUGAUAUCGGAUCGCGGUGGGAAACAGACUUGGCAUGCAACCGAGGGGUACGAGAGUGGUGUGAAUAUUUUGGACGAGAUUCCGGUCGACUUUGUCGCCAAUGCUUGUCUGCUGCAUGCCGCGGCAAAGACGCGCGGAAUUGUCCAGAUUGGAUCUGAGCUUUAUGUGCAGCGAACAUACGACGACUUCUUGCAUCUUCUGCGAGAUCAUGUUCCACCAGAGGUUCGAGGGCAAUUACCAGAAAUAACGUUCGUGCAAGACAGAAGUAUUCCGCAACACUGGUUGGCAGAGCUCGUGAAGGUAGCAAGCCGAAACUGGAUAUUUGAUUGUGGAAGAUCGUACUGGCUCAAGCAAGUGGGCGGCCCUCUGAGUUUGGCGGCGUGUGAACAUGAUGCGAAUCAUUUGAACAUCACGCGAGUUGAGGAUAUUUCCAAGAAGAACAUGAAACAGAUGGCGAAGCUUUAG